GGCCAAAGGAAGAAUGACUGUUCACGUCGCCGUUCUUGAUCCGGAACUUGUUGUCGAGAUACCCCGGAAGAGGUAACUCGCGUGAGAGCGGCGAGUUCGGUACCCAGAACUGAGGAACGCGAAGGCGCUAGUGAGGCGGCGGAGAGGUGCGCUUGAUGAUCUCCAGAUCCCUGGUCAUGGAGUAUUUGACUAAUCCUGGUGCACUUAGCUUGGCUGCCGGAGUUGCCUGUGGCGUGUGCCUAGGCUGGGGCCUCCGAGUGCGCUUUGGAAUGCUCCCCAAGAGCUCGGUGAGGGAGACAAAUGCUGAUGCUGAGACGGAAGCAAGCAUCCUCGGAGAGAGUGGGGAGUACAAAAUGAUUCUUGUGGUUCGAAAUGACUUAAAGAUGGGAAAAGGAAAGGUGGCUGCCCAGUGCUCUCAUGCUGCUGUUUCUGCCUACAAGCAAAUUCAAAGGAGAAACCCUGAGUUACUCAAAGAAUGGGAAUACUGUGGCCAGCCCAAAGUGGUAGUCAAAGCUCCUGAUGAAGAAACUCUGGUUGAAUUACUGACCCAUGCAAAAGUGCUGGGACUGACUGUAAGUUUAAUCCAAGAUGCAGGACGUACUCAGAUUGCACCAGGCUCUCGAACUGUUUUAGGAAUUGGACCAGGACCAGCGGACCUAAUUGACAAGGUCACCGGUCACCUAAAACUUUACUAGGUGUAAUUUUGUAUCAUGAUGGUGGUCCCACCACCACAAGUGUUUGAAACUGUCAAAUUCUAACAAUAAAAGCUGAAUAUCUUCCCCCA